ACAUGUCAUACAAGUUUUAGUUCAUUGUAACAUUCUUUUCACCAAUUUUGAUAAGCUGCACGUAUACAAUUCAAUGCGGGUAGUGCAAGUCUUACUGUAUUGGGUGUCGUCUUGUGACCAGAAGCUAUCUCGUCAUUGGAACUUGUGACAACACGUCAAAAUGGAGAAACUGUUCAAAACCAUAAUUUUUAUUUCAUUUUUUGGCACGUUACUGGCUGCCCCAUCAUCAGUCCCAAACUUGUCGAAACAUCCCGUAGUCCUCAUAGUCUCAUUUGACGGGUUCCGCUCCGACUAUCUGACCAAGACCCCCACACCUCAUCUCACCGCGCUUAUGGAGGAGGGGGUUUCCGUUCCUUACAUGAGCGCCCAGUUUCCCACCAAGACGUUCCCAAAUCAUCACUCAAUGGCGACUGGUCUUUAUCCUGACGUUCAUGGAAUCACAGAUAAUACGGUGUUUGAUCCCCUGCAUAACAAGAGGCUCAGCGGGUUCAAUGAUGACCCAGAGUUCUGGAAUUACCAUCCAGACGUCCUUCCCUUUUGGUUGCGGAACGAACAAGCAGGAGAUGGCAGAAUAUCAGGGUGUUAUCUGUGGUCCGGGUCUUCUCAAGGAUAUGGGCCCGAUGGAAAAUUGUUCCCCACCUAUUAUUUACCGACUUAUGACGAAAGCAUUCCUUGGGAAACUCGCGUAGAAGAGGUCAUUGGCUGGAUAACACACCCAUCAAAACCGGCAAAUAUUGUUUAUCUUUAUCACAAUGAGCCAGAUUCGCAUGGUCACUCAUAUGGGACAGAUGACGAGGAGACUCUAGCAGAAAUUAGACGAUCUGACGACCGAGCUGGUCACUUGAUUCAAGCUUUGAAGGAUGCAAAUAUUUAUGACAGGAUCAAUCUUAUAUUUGUAAGCGAUCAUGGAAUGCAGUCUGUUCAUCAGACAAAUAUUAUAAACACGACCCUUAUGGCGGAUACAUCUUUAUACGCAAAUCAUGGGGGCACGCCAGUUUACCACAUUUUGCCGAAUAAUUCUGCCGACCUGGAGGACUUGUAUAAUACCUUCAAACGUGAAUCGGAGGGGAAGAACUUUACCGUUUAUAAGAAGGAAGAGAUGCUGGGGACAUACAAUUAUGGAACGAAUAGAAGAAUUAUGGACAUUCUACUACUAGCAGAACCAGGAUAUGGGUUUGAAGACAUGUGGAGAUUCAGUGCUGAUGGCAUCGCUGGCGUGCACGGUUACGACAAUCGAUCGCCCAACAUGCGAGCGUUGUUUAUUGGGAGGGGACCGAAUUUUAAAAAAAGCUACAAAUUAACCGCACCAAUCAGUAACUUGGACCUCGUUCCACUAUUUUCACGACUCAUGGGAGUACAAGAACCUCCCAAUAACGGGUCCAUUGAUAUCAUUGGAGGAAUCCUGGAUACUUCCUCUUCAGGUGUUAUUAUUACAUCCGGUACAUUCCAGUUCUUGUUUGGUUUAACGUUCCUAGUUUAUCAAUCAAUCUAGUUUUACAUCUUUACAUCGAUCCCAUUUAUUGCUUAAAUCAUUUAUUGUACUAAUUCACAAUUCAAACAAUCCUCCGUAAACCGUAAUAAGCUGCAGUCUACGCCUAACCACACAUUCUUUUCUGAACAGACCGUUUAGACGUUUUCUUUUUACAUUUGACAACAUAACUUAUGUAAAAUUUACAUAUUAAAAAAAUAUCAUAUGGCA